CAGACAGGAGCUGCUAGUUUGGACCAUGCAGUCCGGGCUCUGCAAGCUGGCGGUUCUGAUGGCACUGCUGCACCUUGCGCUGUCGCUCGACUUCCAGCAUCACCGGUACCCAGAACUGGUCAGUGCACUGCUCCAGGUCCAAUCCGCGUGUCCGUUCAUCAGCCGCCUCUACAGCAUUGGCCGCAGCGCCCAGGGCCGGCACCUCUAUGUCCUGGAACUCAGUGAUAACCCCGGCAUCCAUGAGCUGCUGGAACCAGAGUUCAAGUAUGUUGGCAACAUGCAUGGCAACGAGGUGCUGGGCCGUGAGCUGCUGAUCCAGUUGGCACAGUACCUGUGUGAGGAGUACAACCGCAGAAACCCACGCAUUACCCAUCUCAUCCACGAAACCCGGAUACACAUCCUACCCUCCAUGAACCCCGAUGGGUAUGAGGUGGCAGCUGAUCAGGGCUCAGAGGCAAACACUUACCUGAGUGGCCGAGCCAAUGCCCGAGGAGUGGACCUGAACCGCAACUUUCCCGACCUCCACCUGGCCUUUCACAAGCUGAAAGGCCGGAACCAUCAUGUCUCGCUUGACGAUAACUGGCAGGAACAGACUGAGCAGGAGACCUAUGCAGUUAUCCGAUGGAUGCAGAGCUAUAACUUUGUCUUGUCAGCCAACAUGCACGGAGGGGCCGUGGUGGCAAACUACCCAUUUGACAAGGCUAAGGAACCCAUUGGUCGCAGCCCAUACAGAAGAAUCAUCUCCACCACACCUGACCAUAAGCUCUUCCAGAAGCUCGCGAAGGUUUACUCGUACUCUCAUGGUUGGAUGCACAAUGGAUCCAACUGCGGAGACUAUUUUCCUGAGGGCAUCACAAAUGGAGCCAGUUGGUACUCACUUUCCAGAGGAAUGCAGGACUUCAACUAUCUCCACACCAACUGUUUCGAAAUCACACUGGAACUGAGCUGCAAGAAAUUCCCGCCACAGCAUGAGCUGCAGAGAGAAUGGUAUGGGAAUCGUGAGGCAUUGCUGGCAUUCAUUGAGGAGGUUCACAAAGGGGUUAAAGGGAUGGUCUUGGAUGAAAAUAAUAAUGGGAUUUCCAAGGCUGUCAUUUCAGUUUCUGCUAUCAACCAUGAUAUUACUUCAGGUAUCGGUGGAGACUAUUUCCGACUGUUAUUGCCGGGGAAAUAUUUGGUCACUGCCUCAGCGCCUGGUUAUAAAGAUCAAUCUGUUCACGUCAGUGUUGGUGCUGGCGAACCAACACAGGUUGACUUCCAUUUGGUGCCAUUGUCAGCUGCACCCAGCACCGAUGUGCCUACCAUCUCGCUGCCUCCAGCCAUCACAAGCAGUGUUUCCCUUCGCAAAUUGGACCCAAGAAUGACCAAGAAGGGACCCCCGGUGCCGAGGGAACGUCGGCGUACAGGGUGGCACUUCCAUGGCCACUGAAAUCCUAAACCUCUCCUCAACUAUCAGUUGCCUUUCUGUCAAAACAAACCCUUUUUCCCCUCAACAACACUGCACGACGAAGUAUUGGGAAAACCAUGGAGUGAAGUUUCUUUGACAAGUGUUGCCUCAGGGAGGACACCUGAACAGAGAUAAUUUGUCUUUGAAGUUUUGCUGUGAUGUUGUUUAUGUUUUUAAAAAUUAAAGUUCUGCUUUUGCUUAUUUUAAUUUUAAUCCAUGACUGUGGGUUGCCAACUCUAACUGGUGUUCCUGGAGGUUUAGCACAUGACUAACAGCUGCUCCAGCCACAAGCUCUUGCCGUUGGCCACCCAAUACAUUUCUCAGUGCCCUGGCUUGUGAGGAAGUGACAAAACUCUUUAUACCCCCAAUUGGAUGGUUCUUACCUAUGGGUUGAGUUGGGUGAUGGUGGAGGAGAAAGCAAUAGUGAGAAAAAGGACAGAAGUGGGGAGAGAUGGUGGAGCGGUAAAUUAGAACCCAAGAAAAUAGGUUCAUAAUCCCACCAUGGUGAAACUCGAAUUCAGUUUUCAAAAACAAAACCUAGAAGAAUCAGCUUACCUUUGCGGUGACUGUGCAACCACCAUCGACAGUUGUAAAAAUCUAUCUAGUUCAGUAAUAUUCAGUAAUAUGAGAUUUUUGAAAUGUCAGGGAGUUGAGGGCUAUAAGGAUCUAAUUUCAAAAGAGAGGUUGAAACCUGGGGCACAACAAACAUGACAUUGUAGAAUGGUGGGCAGCUUUGAGGUAAAAAGCAGUCUACACCUACUCCUAUUUCUUCUGCCUUUGUGUCCUUCAGAGAACAAAAUCUCCCAUUCUACCCCGAACCAGACACACAGCAACGUGGUUAGCUUUCAAAUAGCCCAGAGAAUCAAUGAGAGAUGGUAUGGGAGGAUAUCUUCACAUCCUAAGCAUCUGCAGCAGUUUAAGAAGGCAACUCACCACCACCUUUUUGAGGGUAGCCAUGAUGUGGAGAUGUUGGUAUUGGUCAGAAGUCACAUGACACCAGGUUAUAGUCCAACAGGUUUAUUUAAAAUGACAAGUUUUGGAGCGCUGUUCCUAUGCCAGGAUCCACCUGACAAAGGAGCAGCGCUCAGAAAGCUUGUCAUUUUAAAUAAACCUGUUGGACUAUAACCUGGUGUCAUGUGACUUCUGACUUCUUGAAGGUCAUUAGAGGCAGGCAAUAAAUGCUAUCCCAUGGACAUUUUUAAAAAAUUACAAUAAAUGAACAAAUAUUUAUUAAGAAUUGUUUUUUAAGAAUAUAUUUUGUUUUUAUGGCUUCAAUGACUUUUCACCCUGCAUUUUGCAAGAUUCUUUGCUUGAGGAGAUGAACUUUCACUUUAGUCUUUUGGCAGUAGAGAACUUGAAACUGUUGCUGAAAAAUGACAUGUUUUGUCAAGGCCUUUGACCUUGCGCUCAUCAGGACAUUUCGCAAGAAUGCCAAUUUGUGGGGAAAGUAACAUUUAUACUGCAUCUCAGGAGAGUGUUUAUUCCACCAAUCAACGAAUUAGCUCUCACCUCUUGCAGUUUAAAUGUUGGUUUUCCCCUAGAAUCUGUAAUUCAUGAAAAUUAUCCCGAUGAUGGCAAGAUUAAAAAGCCUUUGACAAAAUGUGCCUUUUAUCAGCAAUACUCAACUCAUCACUUUCUGGUUCUCCAAGGUAAUCCUGGAGGGUUGGCGACAUCAGUUGUGAGUUAAAGUCUGAAUUUAGAUAUGACAGGGCCAAUGGAAGGUUCUUUUCCCGAAACCAGUGUUUUUGUUGACCUAUUACUUACACAACAGCCUCACCCUAUUUUCUACUCUGCCAUGAGGUUGCAGUUACUUGAUGAUUUCUUUCAACCACACAAUAAAAAAAGCCUUUUUAACUGUUUCUCUGACAGCUGGCAGGAUAGCCAACAGAAUUUGGUGGGAGUUGGGGAGGUGAAAUGGUGUGUGUCUGUCACCCAUCUAAUGUGACUAAGAGUCUCUAUGGCAGUGUUCUGCUAUGGACGAAAUGGACCCUGACCCGGUGAAGAAACACAUCAUCAACAUUAUUCCUCUUCUGCCUUGCUGUUGUGACCUUGCCCUUGGUCAAGUUGGGUUGGAGCCAAAGGGAUCUCCUUCCUCUUGGACACUCUGGCUUGACCCUGCUCCUUUUGUUUGGUUCAAUUAAGAUGGUUGAUUUUUAACCCAACUUGAAUUCCUAACGACUGACCAAAUCAUUUUUUGCCUCAGUAAUAAGUAGUACAUAAGAUAUUUAAAGGUAACAUUUAAAAUAUUGUGACAAAUGUACUGAGUCAGGUGACAUUAUGUGUGUAUCAUGAUUGUAAUCAUUCCUUGGCCAAUACAAGAUGACUGCUCACGUGAAUUUUAGCAUUAUUUGAUUGAUUCAAGAUUACAAUCAUGACAUUUUAUGGAUAGUUCAGCUAAUUCGCCCUAUAGCUGAUUGUGUAUCUAACUGUGUGGUAACUGUCCUGGGAGUGUUUAAUGGGAACAGGGCAGAGGGAGUUUUACUUUAUAUCUAACCCCAUGCCGUACGUGUGCUGGGAGUGUUUGAUGGUGACAAGGUCAAGGGAGAUUUACCC